AUGGGGACGGUAAAACUUGAGCUAAGUCAUCGAGUCGUUACCAAGUGUCUAGCACAUGCUAUUAAGUAUUCCGGGUGCCAGGUGUAUGGGUUAUUACUGGCUGAUAGAUCUCCUAGCGCCAACUUACGCUUCAAUCAUGUACAAUGUCUAGACAUCUUUCCCAUAUCUCAUACUCGCUUACUAUUACCAAUAUUACACAUAGCAGAUGUUUUGUUCGACACUUCAUCGGAUUACUCGAAUGAACUUUUGUUUGAGGAUGACAAAUCGCCUUUGUACUUUCACCCAUACCCAGAACUUGAACAUUUGAACUCUUCUGAUCCUCCCAUUAGCGGCCCUAAAGCCAACUAUUUCUAUUGGGACAACAACACUCGCAUCUCAGCUAACCAAAAAUCUAUUUUCAGACACUAUUCGAACAAGUUUUCCGUAGAAUCUCAGUUGGAAAGUCGUAUGUUUGACGAUACGCGGGUCGUAGCCAUUUAUAGUACUGGGCAGUCAGUGAUGACGUUUGAAAACGGAAAUGAGGGUAUAGCUAGGUUUAAAGAUUUUACCCAUUUCUCAAGCCUACCCCUAAUCACAAUAGAUCUGGCAACAGAUUCACUGGGUUGCAUGUUUAAGGCACAGCCAGGGUCUGGCAUAGAAAUUGUGCUUAGUGACAUUGAUAAAAUAACUACCAAUGUUUUAGAAAUGUUGGAGACUAGGGGGUAUCGCAAGAUGAGAGAUUUGGAUUGUCAUUUGGAGGUUUAUGGUCCGGAGGAGCUCAUUUAG